CUGACUUUAACGAAAUAUUCAGUUCGAAAUUAAUUUUGUUUGCGGGCAGUCGAAACAUUUAAAAUGGGCAGAAUAAAAUUUAACGGAGUUUUCUUACUGAUGGUCCUUCAAAUAUUCUUGGUGGCUACAACAACUGGAGAUGAAACGUGUGAAUCAGACCGAAAAAUGGAAGAACAGUGCCGUAUUCAUACCUAUAAAACUGUUAAACCUUUGCUCGAUUACUUCAGGCAGGUUAGAAAUGAGUUAGAACAAAGUGAAACUAAAGAAAAGCAGAUAAGUGAAUUAAAUUCUGAUCUUAUGGAAAAAUAUCAUGAAAUUGUAAGAAUUCAUGAAACAUUCAAGAAGGAGGCAGCUCUAUUAAAUGAGUAUAAAAACAAAGUAAUCAAAGGGGAAAACGAUUUGCAACUGUGUCAAAAUAAAGUUGAUAAAUCUGAAUCUGAAAUUAAUUCAUUAAAAGAACAACUAACAGAUAAAUCCACCAACUUAGAAAAUUGUCAAGUUCAAAUAAAAUCUCUUAAUUCUAGAUUAACUGAGAAAGAUGAAAAUAUAAAGAGAUUAAGUGAGAAUAUUAAAAAUAACACAGAACAUCAGAAAACACUUGAGUUGGAAUUAGAGAAGAGUAAAUCUAUAAUAAUAAAGCAUGAAAAUGAUAUUCAGUUAUGUCGUUCAGAAGUCAACAAAUUAAAUAGGACAUCAGAGAACAUUAGAGAAGAACAGAAAAAGAUUCAAUUGACAUUAAAAGAAAGUGAAACUAAGCUAAUAGAUAAAGCAAAGGAAAAUCAGUUAUGUCAAUCUGAACUUAAUAAAUUAACUCCCACAACAUGUCUCCCUUUCGGAGAUUAUUCAGGAGUUAAUCAACUCAAGGUCUCUGGCAUAGGUUUAUUCAAUGUAUUGUGCGAUAGUCAGUUAGCUGGGCCUGGAUGGAUUGUAAUACAACAACGAGUUGGGGGGAAAAGAGAGUUUCAAUAGGGAUUGGGCAACGUA